AUGACUGAAAAGAAUGAAAUUGUUUGGUGGCGCAAAAUGUAUUUGGAUAGCAUUAGCAAAUACCGGGAAGAGGGUCGACACAUUUAUUUUCUCGACGAAACAUGGGUGAAUGCUGGCGAUUGUACAUGGAAAACGUGGGUCGACACAACAGUACAGUCUCACCGGGAUGCAUUCUUGAAAGGUCUAUCGACAGGUGCAGUUAAUCCCUCUGGCAAAGGGAAACGACUUAUUGUACUCCAUAUCGGCUCUGAAGAUGGUUUUGUACCCGGUGGUUUGUUGUGUUUUGAAUCGAAAAAAAAUACAAGUGACUACAAUGAUGAGAUGAAUGGCGACACAUUUCGUGAAUGGAUGGAGGGCACUCUACCUCGCCUAAAACCGAACUCCGUAAUUGUUAUGGACAAUGCGUCCUACCAUUCCAUGAAAAUAGACAAAGCCCCAACAUCGAAUACACGAAAGGCAGAUAUAAUUAAGUGGUUGGAGGAUAAGGGAGAAGUGGUAGACCGAACUAUGGUUAUCCCUCAACUUUCACACAUAGUGAAACGUUUAAAACCAGCACAUAAUAGGUAUGUUAUUGAUGAACUAGCAAAAAACAGUGGUUACACAGUAUUACGACUUCCACCAUACCACUGUGAGCUUAACCCGAUUGAGCUGGCAUGGUCAUCGGUGAAGAACCAUGUUCGGAUGAACAACACAACUUACAAACUUCCGGAUGUGAAAAAAUUACUAAUAGAGGGCAUAGAUCGAGUUGACGCACAAAUGUGGAAAAAUUUUAUUAGUCACACGAAAAAAGAAGAGGUAAAAUUUUAUGAGGUCGAUAAUAUAAUAGACGAGAUGUUGUCCGCGGAGAAAGAUGAUUUGGUGAUGACUAUUACGGGGGACACAUCAUCUGAAACGGAUUCAGAUACUGAAUAA